GGGCUCAAGUGCUCGAUAGGGAGAAUAGGCGGUGAAGAAGAGGGCGAGCGAGCGAAAGGCAGCUGGCGUCGUGCUCCUGGACAGACCUGAAAGGGGGACGAGUGAAGCGACUGCCGAGGGCUGGUCGAAUUCACCAGAGUUCAGGAAUGCAUUUGGCAGUGCUUAUUUUUGCUUCGGUGCUCUCUGUGACCACCUUGGCUCUCGACAAUGGACUGAUGAGGACCCCUCCCAUGGGCUGGCUGGCAUGGGAACGGUUCCGCUGUGACACCGACUGUGAACAUGACGCCUACAACUGCAUCAGUGAGAAUCUGUUCAUCGACAUGGCAGACAGACUCUCAGAGGAUGGCUGGAGGGAACUGGGCUAUGUCUAUGUGACCAUAGAUGACUGUUGGUCCUCCAUGGAGAGAGAUGAGAAGGGACGGCUGCAGCCUGACCCGAAGAGGUUCCCAGGAGGCAUCCGUAAGCUGGCACGCUACAUGCACGAUAGGGGUCUCAAGCUGGGGAUCUACGGGGACAUGGGCACACACACCUGUGAAGGCUACCCUGGCACCCCACUGGACAAGAUCCAGAUAGACGCUCAGACCUUUGCUGACUGGGAGGUGGAUAUGCUUAAAUUUGACGGCUGUCAUUCAAAUGCUACAGAGCAAGAGCAGGGUUACCCUCUUAUGUCGGAGGCUUUAAAUGCCACAGGCCGUCUCAUUGGCUACUCCUGCAGCUGGCCCGUCUACCAGGACAGCCUGCCACCGAAGGUAAACUACACUCAGUUGGGUGAGAUUUGCAACCUGUGGCGUAACUACUACGACAUCCAGGACUCUUGGGACAGUGUCCUGAACAUUGUCGACUGGUUCUUUAAAAACCAGGAUGUACUGAUAGCUGCAGCUGGACCUGGAAGAUGGAAUGACCCUGAUAUGCUGAUUAUUGGCAACUUUGGCCUCAGCAUGGACCAGUCUCGCACUCAGAUGGCUCUAUGGGCAAUUAUGGCCGCUCCCCUUUUCAUGUCCAAUGACCUGCGCACCAUCAGCAGUGGGGCCCGCAGCAUCCUGCAGAACAGAAUGGCCAUCAGCAUCAACCAGGACCCCAUGGGUGUUCAGGGAAGAAAAAUUGUAAAGGAGAAAAGUGGCAUUGAGGUGUUCUGGCGCCCCCUGUCGAACAAUGCCAGCGCCUUGGUGUUCUUCAGUCGUCGUAAUGACAUGCCCUACCGCUACCAUACUUCCCUCAGUAAACUCAACUACACCACCGGCAGCUACAAGACCUUUGAUGUUUUUACUGACAAGACCAUGAUGCUGAAAGACUCCACUGACUUUGUGGUGUCAGUGAACCCCACAGGUGUGGUCAUGUGGUAUGUCUUUGCACCUGCCAAAGUGAACCUCCACCAACUCUACGAAGGUGGCAAACUCCAGGGAUCUUAAUAACUUAAGAAUUUUUUUUUU